AUGGCGUCCACAACGAAGGCCGUCCAGACAUUCGGCAAAAAGAAGACUGCCACUGCUGUUGCUCACGCAAAGGAGGGACGAGGCAUCAUUCGCAUCAACGGUUCCCCCAUCAACCUCGUCCAACCCGAAAUCCUUCGUCUAAAGAUCUACGAACCUGUCCUUGUCGCGGGUGAAGAUGCUUUCUCGCCUCUCGAUAUCCGUGUCCGCGUGAAGGGUGGAGGACAUACGUCCCAAGUCUACGCCAUGCGACAGGCCAUUGCCAAAGCAUUGGUUGCAUACUACGCCAAGUACAUCGAUGCGUAUUCAGCCAUGGAGUUGAAGAAGAAGCUGGUUGCCUAUGAUCGCACACUGCUCAUCGCCGAUCCCAGACGGAUGGAACCCAAGAAGUUCGGUGGUGCUGGUGCCCGUGCUCGCAGGCAAAAGAGUUACCGUUAA